AGCGACAACAACAACAGUAUCUCAACUCCGACGUUGAGCAACCUACGAUGCCGCCAGGCAUAAACCUCUGGCAUAGUCUGGUCGCCAGACAUGCCAAGAACCUCAAAACCGCCUUGUCGAAAGGCCUCAAAGCCCUUGACGCUCAGAUCGGAGGCCAACGCGCAGCUCAACUCGAACCCAUCCUCGUACGAAACACUCCUAAGCAGCCGCUGCACCCUCUCGCACGCAUCCGCCAGGGCCAGUCACGCCAAUACUCGACUGCUCGCCGCUGGCUGAAUUCGACCUUCCGAGAGUUUUCGUCUACCGGCAGCAGGUCUGGCGUGCGCUACGACCGAUCGUCUUUCCCCAAGUCGAGGAUCGGCUCCUACGUGCAGUCAUCGUCUGGAAGAGCGCCGUUCGCAUCGACUCUCCGUCCCAACCUCACUGGUGGUGCUCUCGGCAGGACAGCAGGAGGAUACACGCAUGGCGGAGCUGGAGGUGCCCGUUACUUCAGUCAUGGCCCCGCAAUGCAAUCACAAGUUGUGCACAACGUAUCGCAAGCGAUGCGUGCGUUCCUUACGCAGGGCCAGAAGGCCCAGUAUGACGGUGUGAAUGGGAAUGGUAACAAGCGCUUCAAGGCCGUGUCAACUCUUCGCGAAGACACUGGCCGCAAGCUGCGCUCUGUGCCAGCUGCAACCCCGGGCUCGUGGAUCGACUUCCAGAUCAACCCAUCCAUCACGGCGCUCACACCAUUGAGCUCUGUUCUCGGCUACACUAUGUCUGAGUUGCCUGAGACGAACAACCUCAACACCGAGGGCCUUCUCGAUGUGCUAUCCGCUGACUUCUCACGCGUGCUCAAGGACCUCGCUGCGGUGCUCAAUGACCUCAGGCGGUUGUCAGCACUAGGGGACUUGCCAAUCACAUACCAGAAAGAUCAUCUGCGUAUUCACUUCCCAGGCUGCGACGCGGAGACUGUCGAGCGGCUGUGCGAUGAGCUGAAUGUGCAACGCGGGACUGUUCACCAAGACCCUUCAUUCGAUGUAUUCGCUGGAACUGAAAUUGCGCUGCUAUUUCCAUUCGCUCCUAGUCGUGAUCCCUCAUCAAUGAGCGAGGAGUCCUGCGGCGCUGAUCUCUACGACUACCCGCUGAAGGCUGACCGACAUGUCAUCGGCAUUGACGAUAUGCUAUCGGGCAGUGCAGCAUAUUCAACGCAAUCUGACACCGGCUUCGAGGACAUUGCCGGAGAAGAGCUAUCUACUCCUUGGCUCACAUCAUCAGAGUACCAAUCCGUCCAUUCUGGCAGUCUCGGCUCGAACAAGCACGAUCCCCUUGAGUAUCAAGGAUUCGAAGGCAUAUACCGGUUCAUCGAAGAGCUGGAUUCUGUCCGUCGGUGAAUUAAUAUAUACGGCUGAUUAUCAGAGGAGUUAAGCAAGGUGUUCUCGGUAUUGGAUUUGGGCUACGAAUGAGGCAUCAGAAUGAUAUCCCACCUGCUCAUAGCAGCGUGCACGACACGAUGUUACGAGAUCCAUCUUUGCCGAUGGAUGAAUGUUUCCUUUGUUGUGCGGAGGAGAAACUGCAAUAGUCAACUCAAUGAAAACACUCGUUCCCC